AUCCAGAAUGAGAACAGAUACCGAGAAUUCCACCCGGCAUCCGGGACAGGAGGAGUGGGACUGUGCAGAGUCCAUACAUACAGAAUAGGGACAGAUACCAAGAAUGACACCCGGCAUCCGGGACAGGAGAAGUGGGACUGUGCAGAGUCCAUACAUACAGAAUGGGGACAGAUACCGAGAAUGACACCCGGCAUCCGGGACAGGAGAAGUGGGACUGUGCAGAGUCCAUACAUAUAGAAUAAGAGGAGAUACUGAGAAUGACACCCGGCAUCCGGGACAGGAGAAGUGGGACUGUGCAGAGUCCAUACAUACAGAUGUGCAUGGUCCAUACAUACAGAAUAGGGACAGGUACCGAGAAUGAC